ACAAACACAAACACAGUAGGUGGGAGUACGAAUUACAAACACACCAUGAGCACAUCAGUCGGGAAAACGAUACACACAUACACGCACAAAGCAGCGAGCAAUCGCCCACAUGCCGACACCUAGUUCCCGCUGCCAUCGUCAUCGGCAGAGCUGUCGUCCUCGUCUAUCUCCAGCACGUCGGUGUCCUCCUCCUCCUCCUCCUCCCCUCCACCACCACCCGGCGCAUCCGUGGCCGCCUCGGUAUCCGCGUCUAUGUCUUGGCCGUAGAAGGACGCCUCUGGCGGCGGGUACACCAGGGGGGCGCCCUCGACCUCCUCAAGUGUGCUGCUCGCCGUCGCUGCUGGCUGAACCUCACCACCUGAUCAGAUCAACCAUCACACAACCAGCCGUGACGCGUGUGUGGGUGGAUGGUGCAGGUCCGCUACCCACCUUGCGAGCCUCUAAAGCGUGGUUGCUGUCCGACGGUGUGUUCCGGCAGGCUGACAUUGGACCCUGGCGCGACGAAGGUCGCCGCGGCGUCCUGGUAGUAGCACCAGGGGACGCCAGCGUUGGCUGAUGGUGCGUAGCAGCACUGCCUGUCCAGACACUGCUGGGCAGUGAUGCCGUAGUACCCACAGUCGCGCCGCACAUCCAGCUCGUCCGCCGCGGCACACGCACUGGCCUCUCCUGAUGCUGAUGUGUCGUUCCCCACUGCCGUGCCUGAACACACACCCACACACACAAGUGUGGCCAUCCGUCGGUGCACUCUCUCUUUCUCUCUCUCUCUCUAGCAGCUCACUUUGUGCCCGUGGUGGGCCGCCCCCCGCCUGUGCGGUGGCGUUGACCUGCUGCGCCACCACCUGGUAACACCGCUUCGGGCCGGACACGGCCGGCUGUCCGUCGGCAGGGGACCUCCUGCCGACAUCAGUGGCCUUGAGCAGACAGCUGGGGUUGCUCGUGUCCACCCUGUUGGGCCUGAAGGUGAAGAACUGGCACUGCGGGUCGUCCCUGCAGGCCGCCUGGCAGGCGGCCGAGGUGUCGACUGCGAGGGCUUUGAUGUCGGGCCCUGUAAAGACGAUGCCAGCCUCGUAGCACUUGUCGCCGGCCCAGUAGACCAUCACGAUCUCGCCGGUCAUGUCGGAGGAGACAUACAUGUGGCCCUGACAACACGCCACGCCACACCACGCACUUGUCAUGUUUGUGUGGGUGUCUGGGUGGUGGGUGGCUUGGUGUCUGUGGGCGCUUAGCUUACCCUGUGGUCGAAGGCCACCGAAACGGGCCGCAGGUCAGUCGACCACAGACGAUUGAUGCCUAUGCGACACCAAGGACAACAAACUGUUUACACACGCCGUCACACCUCUCUCUCUCUAAGAAGAGACGGGCGUACGCUACCGAGGUGUGUGAGGACUUUCUGCUGGUCGCCGUCGAGCCGCAUGUCUUGGCUGACAGGCACCCGCACCACCUCAUACCCCACAGGCACCUCCCUGUUCCACGACCCAUGCAGCGCCACAAACAGGUCCCCCCGCCACGCACACGGCAGUGCGGUGGUGUCCUGCCGGCCGUCUUGGCGACAUGGCGCGUCAGGGUAGUCGACGCCGUAGAAUGCGAUGCCGAGAGGGGAGGUGUGCGCCGACAUGAGGGUGAAGGGCUUGAUGACGUUGGUGGCGUUGUUGCACCACUCGUCUGUGUAGUUGGUGAAGCCCGGCCACACCCUGACAGUUAUACACAGCCACACCAUACCAUCAGCACACCCAAAAACAAGAAGGAAGGGAUGGCGACUGACUGACGGGCAGACCAGACCAUUGUGUUCUGGCGCCCCUGGCGAGGUUGUCCGGGAGGGCGUACUCGCUCCAGCAAUACGGAUAGCCGUAGAACCUGACACACAUCACACCACACACGAUGCAUUUCUUGUCGGCAUUCGUGUAUGUGUUCUGUGUCUGUCUGUUUGUUUUUCUGACCUGCCGGCAUUCUUCCACUGGAAGCGGUUGAUCUCGUCACCAGGGUUGUCUGUGAGCCAACGAAGGAAGCCGACAUGCAGCUGUGUGCGGUUGUGUGACUUUGUGUCCGCCCUACUCUUGUGCACGUCGCCUCCAAGGUCAGCUCUGACCACACACACGGACACACGCAUGCAUCUGUUAUCGCGCAAUGGCUGUGGUAUGGUAGCAGGGCUAACCUCUUCAGCUCGUCCGCGCCGGUGUCGCCGCCCCACAACAUGCCUGUCAGGGAAGCAUAGCAUGCACACCCACCACGGAUCCAUCAGAGCCGCAGGGAUGCAUCUGUCUGUCUGUGUGCCUUCCUUCGUGUGUGUGUGUGUGUGGCUGGCUGGCUGACUGGUUUCCUACCGUCAGGUCCCCACGCCAGCCCCACCGUGUUGCGAACACCAUCCUGAACGGACACACAGAUACACACAAUGGAUUGGUCAGACUUUGCUGCAUUUGCUGUAACCAAGCUUGCUUACCGCGAAGACUUCUCCCUUGGCGAAGUCUCUUGGGCCCCCGAUGAGGGCAUCCGUCAUGCCCGGAAACCUGAGUGACAUACACGGUGAGGGUAUGGAGAUGGAGGGAUGCCCAGGCUGUCUUUCCCUUUGCCCUCACCUCCUGAUUCGGGCCCUGAAAGACGUCCGAUCGACGUUGCCCAUCGAGCCGAUCGAAACAUAUAGCGUGCCAUCCUCAGACAAUAUCAGAGACCUAUGGAUACGCAGCACCCCACCGACCACAAUGCGCAACAAGUGAGAUGGAAUCCCUCAAGCCCUGCCGACCUCUCUCUCUCACCGUGUCCAGUGCCCCCUGUUUGCGCCGCCCCUGCCGUCGGCAUUCAUGUUGACGACCACCCUCUGCUGCGUCGUCAGGUCGAUCGGCGUCCGCUGCUUGGGCUCGUACUUGUACCGAAACACGGUCGUGUCGGAGGAGACGAAGAUGAAGCCGUGCUUGACGGCCAGGCCGUGCGUCAGCGGCACCUUGACGUUCAGCAGCAUCGCCUGCUCUGUGUCGGGGUCGCUGAACUGCACCAGAACACAACACAACACAUCACAUUCUAUGCAUUGCAUGCCUUUCCCCCUUUUCCUGGUUGACUCCCUCACCCCAUCUCCAUUAUCGUCCCAGAGUGCGAUGACUCGCGCAGAGUUCAUCGAGAUGCGAUCAAGGACCAGCAGGUCGUUGCCCGUAUCGGGACUCAACACUAGCUGACGAGGCUUCCUGCAACCACGCAGUCACACACACACACAGAGGGGAAAACAGUGUGGGCCCUCCCUUUCUGUGCCCUUAUCAGGCGUACUGACCCAAGGUUGCCAGUGAAUCUGCAGGCGGCCACGCCAUCCGGCGUGUCGGCUCGUGGGUAGGGCGGGCAGGGCAGCACAGCACUCACACAUGCGAUGCAGAUCAGCAGACAGAGAGAAGCGAGAAGGGCCUGGCGCGCCAUUGGGGGGGAAAAUUGAGGGCGCUCACCGCGGCCUGCAGCAGCACAAACAGAGCAUACACAGGCGCAUCUAUCUGUGUGUGAUUGUAUUGGCAUUGAGAAGCGAGAUCUUUCCCUCUCACCUUAGCUAGCCAGAUCGGUGAGAUCUGCGGAUAGAUAGCGUUGAAUGUGAUCCUUGAAGCUGCGUUGAGAUAAGCCCGCGGCCACCCUCUCUUCGUCUUCGCUUGCGCGAUCCUCUCAGC